AUGCUUUUCAACGCCACAACAGCAAUCUCCACAUCAAAAGUGUUGCUGGUGCCAUACUCGAAAUGGCACGUCCCGCGCUACCACGAAUGGAUGAAAGAUGAGGAAAUCCAAGAAGCAACCGCCUCAGAACCCCUGAGCCUCGAAGAAGAAUACGCCAUGCAGCAAUCAUGGCGGGCCGACGCCGACAAACUCACGUUCAUCGUCUGCCUUCCUGUACAGGCAGAAGACGGCAAUGAGAACCUAUCAAACCACGCCGACUCGCCCGCCCGCAUGAUCGGCGACAUCAACCUCUUCCUGCGCAUCGACGACGGCGAAGAGGGGACCUCUGCGCCGCAGAUCGUCGGCGAGAUUGAGCUUAUGAUUGCGGAGAAGAAGGAUCAGCGACGCGGGUUCGGGAAGGCGGCACUGUUGGCGUUUUUGCGGUAUGUUGUUGAGCGGGAGGCGGAGAUUUUGGGGGAGUUUGUGCGUAGGGAUGAGGGGGCGAGGAAAACGUUUGGGGAUGGAGAGGAAAAGAGGGAGGGCGGCGAGGUGAAGUUUGAGGCGCUGAGUGUCAAGAUUGGGCAGAAGAAUGAGCGGAGUUUGGCUCUUUUCGAGGGUGUUGGGUUUAGGAAGCUUGGGGAGGAGCCGAAUUACUUUGGGGAGUGGGAGUUGAGGAGGAUGGGGCUGGAUCUGCGGGGCGUUGAAGAGCAGUUGAAGGUGGCUGGGGUUGAAGGGUAUAGGGAGGUUGUGUAUGAAAGGACUGAGUGA